UUCUUUCUUUUGUUAAAAACUCAACCAGCCCAAGCUGGUCACCAACCCAACCUUUUUGUCACUUCAAACCAGUUUCUCAGAUCUUCAUCAAUUCAAUUCUCCUCAAAUUCAAUUCUCUCUCCCUCACACACACACUCACUGUACUUCUCUCUCUAAAACUCACUUAAAAAACAAAAAGAAAAUAAACCCUCUUUCUAUUUCCAGAUCAAGAACCCCUCAACCCCAUCACAUUUCUACAUUUUUCUCUUUUCUCUCUACAUACUCCAAUUUUUUUUUUUAAAACAAAAAAAGAAAAAGACAAGGAGAGAGAAAAUUAUAUUUAAUUCUCCUCAAAAUCAACUCUCUCUCUCUCUCUCACACACACACUCACUGUACUUGUCUCUCUCCCUAAAACUCAAAGGAAAAAAGAAAGAACCCCUUUCUAUUUCCGGAUCAAGAACCCCUCAAGUCUCAACCCCAUCACAUUUCCUACAUUUGUUUUUUUCUCUCUACAUUCCCAAAAAAAUUAAUCUUUUUAUAAAGAAAUAAAGAAAAGGAGAGAGAAAAUCAUAAUUAAUUCUCCUCAAAAUCAAUUCUCUCUCUCUCUCUCUCUCUCUCACACACACACACACUCCUCACUCACUCACUACUUCUCUGUCUAAAACUCACUGAAAAAAAGAAAAAGGAAAAAAACCCUCUUUCUAUUUCCAGAUCAAGAACCCAUCACAUUUCUACAUUUUCUUUUUUCUCUCUAUACAUUCCCCAAAAAUAUUUUUUUUUUUUUUAAAAAUAUAAAGAAAAGGAGAGAGAGAAAAGCAUAGUUAGUAUCACUGAGAAGUGAGAAACAGCUUUUUGUUUCCUUCAAAGAAUAAUGAAGUUCUGAAAAGACAAAGUCUUAGUUCCAUCUCUGCUAAAAAUAGAAAGAAAAUGCUUAAUGGAAUCUUUAUCUUUCAAGGAGGUGGUAGAUGUAUGGAAUUUUGAGGAUUUGGAGGCCUUAAAGUUGAAUUAGUUGACAGAAGCCGAGGGGAGUUUCGUUCGAUGUCAGGAGCUUCAAGGGUAAGGUCAAUGAAUGUAUCUGAUUCAGAAGCAAGGCCAGUUCUUGGACCUGCUGGAAAUAAGGCACAAAGGUCACCCGGUUCAAGAAAAUCCCUUUCGAAACCUACGAGAAAGGCAGUGAAGUCAAAAGAGGAAGUUGAGAUGGAAGAUAAAAAUGGUCACCAACCAUCCCCUUCGUUGCAUUCUUUUGAUGUUGUUCCUUCGAUACUUAGGCGACAGGAGUCGUUGUAUUCUAACCUGUCACUUAGUGCUUCGUGUUCUUCUGAUGCUUCAACGGAUUCAUUUCACAGCAGUGCUUCAACUGGUAGGAUAUAUAGAAUGAAUAGUAUCUCAAGUAGAAGGAAGCAGUUGGCAUCGAAGUCCAAAAGGAUUGUUUCAGAUGAUAUAACAAACUCUUCAAUUGACGGUUUGCAAACGAAGAAAAGAUGUUCCUGGGUGACACCUAAUACAGAUCCAUCUUAUGCUAAUUUCCAUGAUGAAGAAUGGGGAGUUCCAGUCCAUGACGACAAGAAACUAUUCGAGCUCCUUGUCCUUUGCGGGGCAUUGGCUGAACUGACAUGGCCUUCCAUUCUUUGCAAAAGGCACAUAUUCAGAGAAGUAUUUGCAGAUUUUGAUCCCAUAGUAGUGGCCAAGUUGAACGAAAAGAAGACUUUAGCUCCUGGAAGUACAGCAUGCUCACUAUUAUCAGAACUUAAACUGCGAGGCAUCAUUGAAAAUGCUCGUCAAAUGUUGAAGGUUAUAGAUGAGUUUGGAUCAUUUGACAAGUAUAUCUGGAGCUUUGUGAACCACAAGCCUAUAGUAAGCGGAUUUAGAUAUCCUCGUCAGGUUCCAGUGAAGACAUCGAAAGCGGAUCUGAUUAGCAAAGACCUAAUAAGGAGAGGUUUUCGGGGCGUGGGACCAACUGUGGUCUACUCUUUCAUGCAGGUUGCUGGUAUUACAAACGACCAUCUUCUUAGUUGCUUCAGAUUUCACGACUGUGUGGAAUCUGCUGAAGGUAAAGAGAAGGAUUCAAUCAAAGAUGAAACCGAAGCAACACAAGCCAAUGAAGCCAUCGAAACAGAGAUAUGUAGAUCGAUCGAUGAUUUGAGUUUCUCCUCGUAGUGAUUAUCAUCUUUGUGUUAUUCGGUGAUAUAAAGACUUGUAACAACUGGUUAAAUUCACAUAGAUUAGCUGCAAAACUGGUUGUGUACAGAAAUGAGUCAAUAUCUAUGAAUCAUAGAAUUCUUAGAGAUUUUUA